UUUUAUCACAUCGCGAUUUCAUCAUGGCGCUCUCCCGAUAUUCGAUAUGAGUACAAUGUGUUGAAAAUCUUUGGCAAUUUUUAAAUAGCAUUACGACUAAAAGUUCCUAAAUUGAAUAGUAAGGUUAAACACGUCUGAUUAAUCGUAAGUGCAACAGGACGUUUUAAUACUUACGAAAUUAAAAGUUUUUAAAAAAUUAAAAGAAUUGUGAACAUUGUAACCGUAACACGUUUCGCAGACUACAAAAUGCCUGUAGUACCUGGAGGAGCUUAUCAACAAGGACCUUCUUGUUUUGACAGAAUGAAAUUAGGCUUUACAAUUGGAUUUUGCGUGGGAAUGGCCUCUGGUAUGCUCUUCGGAGGAUUUUCUGCUCUUAGAUAUGGAAUGAGGGGAAGGGAACUGAUAAACAAUGUUGGCAAAGUGAUGAUUCAAGGUGGUGGCACAUUUGGCACGUUUAUGGCUAUUGGAACAGGAAUACGAUGUUAGUGUGUGCUUAUGGAUAGAACUACAUAUGGAACAUUUUGGAGCUUAUCUCCAAGCUACGACUGUAUUGUAAGAGCAGACUGUUGAAUUCUUAAUAAAAUAGGUUUAAGGAGUAAAAACGUACCUUCCAAUGCAAUUACAGUUAUAUCAUCCAUAGGGUUUGUUUUUCCUGGGAUAUUGAGACCAAAACUUAAAUGUCUAAUCUUAUGCGUCAUAUUGAAGUGUGUUGAAGUAUAAGGCUGAACGUCAUGUACUGCAGCAUUGAAACACAAAUCCAUGAUAGUAGCAGCAAAUAUUUAAAAAAUUUUAAUUUUGUUAGCUUACCAUGAACAUGAUUCACUGAAAAACUAUCGCCCGGUGCAAUGUGAAAACUCCCACCAACUCUAUUCACUUCCAUAUAACCAUAGAUUUGGCAACCUUGCGCAAAGGCAUGUUUGAAUUUUUCCAUAGAUCUGUCAUUUUGACAUUGUUUAAUAUUAGCUGGAUCUGGUGGAGCCCACUUUUUGAUUCUAUAAGCUUCCCGUACAUCUUCACAAGUAUUACAACAUCUGUGAAUAAAAUUUUUUUACAUAAA